AUGUCCAACCAAUACUACCCUGUUGCUGGUGGCGUGCCCAUUCAACAACAGCAACAGCAACAGUUGAGUCUCAUGCACCAACAGCAACAACAACAACAGCAGCAGCAACAACUGAGGCUCGACCAGUUUCACCAGGAGCAGCAACGCCAAAUACAACUCGCAGCCGCCGCCGCUGCUGCCGCUGCUACUAUUGUUCCCCGCACACUCCACUCCCAACUGCCAUUAUCGCCCCCUCAGCAACAACUCCAACAGUCCUUCACCACAAACGACAACAACAAUAACCAAAAAGCAACCCUCUUAGCCCAAACCUUACCACCAACACCUUCCUACAACGACAACGGCGACUCUCCAUACUCUAAAAACUCUUGGGAUAGCACUAUCCUCGCUAGCCAGUCGGGCCAUGACGACUCACAGGUGGCCAUCUCUAUCGGCCCUGACGGAAACCUGGUUUCGGUGUUGCCCCGCUGGGAAGGAUACGACCUCAGCAGUUUGCCCCCCGCACAGCUCGUCUCUCGACCCAACAAUACCAAAGUCCUGCCACAGCAACAGCAACAACAACAACAACAACAACAACAACAACAGCAGCAGCAGGACAUCUUGCCAAGAGGCAGUGUCACCGACUUCGGUCAGCAGCCCCAUCCCUCCGUAUUGGUGCAACAACAGCGCCAGUAUUUCACCCAAGGACAGGGCCCUCAGCAGCAGCACCAGCAGGCUUUGCACCAGCAACAGCAACAGCAACAACCACAUCCACAUCAACAGCAGCAGAAGCAGAUGUCAUACCAGGAGCAACAGCAGCCAUUAUACUCACCAGGACAGCAGCAACAGCAGGAAUUGUUUGGUAAUGAUUACCUGUUCGAUGCUCCUUCCCCCGUGCCCACAAUGUCAUCCUUGGAUAUGGGUAUCCCCAUCGUCCCCUCGCAGCAACAGCAGCAGCAGUCGCAGUCGCAACCGCAGCAGCUCCAACAAUUGCACGCCUCGCCCUCCCCUCUCCAUGUGCCCGAGUAUAUCAAGACCAGCUGCUCCCCAGAACUGCCUAUCAAGGCCUCUCCAGUUGACCAGCUCGCAUGGGCUCCAUGGGAGGAUCUCGCUGUGCACCCAGACGAUCAAGUUACGUAUGCCACACCGGCACACACCCACACAAGUUUCGACGACAAUCCAAGGGAUGAGGCUGACUACCAGGGUACCAAGCACCUCAAGGUCUUCACCUCUUCCAAGAAGGACGAUGACGGCGAGUUCCGCAAGGGCCAGCAGUUUUAUCUCAAUGUCCAUCUGACGGAGGAGGAUCGCAUGCGGUACCGCUACAUUCGCAUCCCCAGCGAAAACAUUGUGUUGCCUUGCCGUGCCGACUCGACCGGCCGUAUUGGCUUUGGCUUGAAUGCCUCUGGUAAGCGUUCGGCCGAUUCCAUGUCGAUCCCCACGAGUGCUCAGGAGGAGGAUGUGCUGUCGUUGAAGUUGACCACAUACCUCGAGCCAGAGCACCGCCCUGUGGUUCCCUGCGGUCGCUGCAAGGACAAGACUCCCGAGAUCUUGCGUUUCCACCCCGGUGUCAAUGGCAAGCCCAUGAUUGACGACAACGGCAUGGUGAUGCUCCGCAACGGCCAGGUCAAGCUGAUUGCCUCAGCUUGGUGUGCCAGUACGUCCCACCACCGUGGACCUGGCACCAAGUUCAGCUUUGAGAUUGAGUUGACGAGCAUGGGUCAUGUGAACCACCCCGAGCCUCUCUUGGUCUACCAGGGCCGCAGUGACGAGGUUGAGAUCUACGCCAGCCACGGUCGUGACAAGGGCGCACGCCAAGCAAGCAGCUACAAGAACAACGAAAAGAAAUCUCAAUCGCCUCCCCAAGAAGGUGGCAGUGCAGGAGGCCCGCCCUCUCCCGCCAAGACCUCUAGUCCUCCCGGUUCCCCCUCAAACGUAGCCCACCACCUCGACAUGGGCCCCGUUAAGAAGCGACGUGAGGAGCCUCCCAUGACCCCUCCCCUGACCGACUCUGAGCUGCCUCCCAUGAUCAAGAGUCUGGAACCCAGGAAGGGCCCUAUAUGCCAGGAGAAUCACGUGAUUAUUAUCGGCCAGAACUUCUCCCGCGGAAUGACCCCGAUGUUUGGUCGUGAGUACGGCAAGGUCAUCGAACUCAACCCGUUCUACAUCGAAUGCACGACCCCUCGAUACCCCAGGACGGAGACUGUGCGCAUCUGGAUUCACCACAACGAGACCUUUAUGCCUUCAGACAAGUCAUACGAGUUUACGAAUGAGCAGGCCCAGUCUGAACUGGAGCAGAUGUUGAGGACCAUGAUCCAGUCCGAGGGCGAGUUUGGCGACGGCUCCUACUUCAACUUGCUUGGCAGAAUAUCCAACCUGCCAUCUUCAACCGACAUCUCUGGACAAAGCCAGAGCAACGGAUCGACGAUGCUCCACAACUCGGUUCUACUUGGCUACCAAGUCGGUGUUGACCUCUUGAUUGAGGAGGGUAUCGAGCUCGACAUUGAGGACGAUUCAGGGCUCACUGCGCUGGACUAUGCUAUCCACACCAACAAUGUCGAGAUUACCAGCACUCUUCUCCACGCUGGAUCCCUGGUCUCCUACGAGAGACUCGAUGCUUUGCCGCUUCGCCCAACAACAGCCAUGAUCACUCUGCUCAAGGACGUUUGCGGCGUGGAAUUGACCUCCAACGACGGCAGCCCCCUGGACGCUGUCCCCGAUGUCGCUGAUGUUGUCGAGGACGAGACGUCGACCUCGACCAUGGAUCACAUCAUCUCUAGCAGCGCCAAUGAUAGCUUUACAGUGCCUACAAGUCUGAUUCAGGAGACUAUUGUUGAAGAGCCUGAGCAACUGGAGGAGGCCAGCCCGGCAGCAGUACCGCGUCCUCUUCAGCGUGUUCCCGUUCCAACCCCAGCGCGUUCAGUUCCCGCGCCCACUAUGCAGUCAAAAUCUGCCCCUCACAAGUCUUCCCGCGCCAUGUCGAUCUCGACUGUCUCGACGCAAUCGACUGGUAUGGUGUCGUUGGCCGCCACCAUGUCGACCAUGGCACCCUCUGCCACAUCGUCGGCGAGAACGGGUCACUCGAGCAUGAGUUCCCGCUCUGCCAGCCAUGCCAAGGGUGGUCAGGACAACAUUUACCUGAGUGCCAAGGAGGGCAACAUGACUUUGGUCAAGUACCACCUCAACAGGGAUCCCACUCUGAUCAACGCUCCCUGGAAGUUUGAUGGUCGCUCAGUCCUGCACAGUGCCUGUACGUCGAGCCAGCCCCACGAAAUGGUCGAGUACUUGGUUCAGCACGGAGCCCAGGUGAAUGCCUUAGACACUUUCCACAAGCGCACUGCUCUCCAUGCCCUCUGCCAGGAGGGAGGUCUCCCUCAGGAUGAUUGGCGUGUUGUUGUCUCGGCAGCCGAUCAGGAGGUGAACGAGCGCGAUGUCUUGGCAGCGAUGCGAUUCUUGUUGGACCGUGGUGCAGUGGUUGAUGCCAGGAACUACUGGAAGGAGACGCCGUUGAUGCGUCUGUUUGCCGGACGGGACUGCCCUCUGAUGGUACAAGAGUUGUACAGUCGGGGUGCGAAUUCGCGACUCAAGAGUUCCAAGGAUUUGUACCCCCACGGCACCGCUCUCGCCUACGCCGCGUACUUUGGAAGGAUCAAGUCGUUGAAGUGGAUGGUGGAGAACGAUUUGUUGUUGAACGACGAGUCGAACAUCAAGGACGCUAUUCGAUGGGCCAAGUCGUCGAAGGAGUCAUCGCUUGGAUCACAUGCCCAUGCUGGCCAGCACGCGAUGGCCAAGCGCAAGGAGGAGCGCAAGGUGGAGGCGAUCCGUCUUUUGGAGAGCUGGCUCGGCGAGGGUGGUUUGACCAAGCGCAAGGCUCUGGCGCGUCAGACGAUUGUACAACAGGCUGAUGGCUGGUGGAGACGCAUGAGCGGUAUUAUUGAGGAAAAGGCUGGCGGGCCUGGCGGCAAUGGAGAUGAGCACGAGCAGUCUGCUUCGUCUCCUCAGCGUGACGCUGCUUCUGGCAACAACGGUGGUAAUAUGCCCACAGAGUUGAGACCAGUCUGGCGCGAUGUAAUUGCGCUGUCGGAAAACCUUGCGUCUGAUCAAGUCUCGAACACGAGCAGUCGGAUGAAAUGGAACCCUCUCACCAUGCUCCGCAAAUCCACAUAA